AUGUCCGGAAAAGUGCAGAAAGCUUCUGCUUCAGCUGAUGAGAAGAUCCAGUAUUUUGGCAGUGCUGUGCUCUUGCCGGGCUCUUCCCCAGACGCACCGCACCAAGGUCCCUCAUCUGCUGGUACUAUUGAUUUCCUUUUUUAUAUAUAUUAUAAGACAAUACCUGACGCUUUCCACUCAAGGGGAAACUUGAAACCCAAAAUCAGGCAGCUCGACAGUCAACUGCCCAAAAUGCGUCCCCCUCCCCACCACGAUGAGGAGUGGGAAGAAGCUGUGGAGUUUGGGGAGGAACCGGCACUCGUCCUUGCUCGAUGUGGAGAGUACUGCGGAUAUGGGCGUUACCGCCUCUUGCCGUGGGUCUAUUACCCCGGCGAUGCUAUUCCAGAUUUCGAUUUGCUCAACUUGGAGCAAAUCCAUCGGCUCCGCAAGAAGCUGUAUCUUAAGGAGGAUGGACGGCCACUGCUGCGUGCACCACCCCACGACGAAUUCCGCGUUCUUCGACAACAACUUGGGUUUUUUCUUCGGGCGUUCCAGGAGGCGAUUUUCAACCUGCUGAAGCCAGCUGAAAUUACAGAGUGGGAUCCGAUUUCCGCUCUCCUUAACGAUGGGCCUUCGCCAAAUCCUUAUUGA